GAGCUGAUCUUCUCUGUGAACGGGAGGAAGGUAAUAGAGAAGAAUGCUGAUCCUGAACAAAUGCUGUUGUCUUACCUCCGAAAGAGACUCCGUCUCACAGGAACUAAGUAUGGCUGUGGAGGAGGUGGCUGUGGAGCCUGCACUGUGAUGAUCUCCACAUAUGAACCAGCUUCCAAGAACAUAAAACAUUAUUCUGCCAAUGCCUGUCUAUUACCAAUAUGCUCGUUGCAUGGUGUUGCAGUCACCACUGUGGAAGGCGUAGGAUGCACAAAAACCCGGAUACAUCCAGUUCAGGAAAGGCUGGCCAAGUGCCAUGGCUCUCAGUGUGGCUUUUGCACCCCUGGAAUGGUGAUGUCCAUGUAUGCUUUGCUGAGAAACCACCCUGACCCCUCCAUGGAGCAGAUAGCUGCAGCUCUGGCUGGUAACUUGUGCCGCUGCACUGGGUAUAGGCCAAUCUUAGAUGGCUGUAAAACCUUCUGUAAGGAACCAUUUUGUUGUCAAAGUAAAGAAAAUGGGAACUGUUGCUUGGAUCAAGAAGAUAAACUCAAAGGAGAGAAGUUUUCCACCAAGCUGUUUUCAGCAGAUGAAUUUCAGCCCUUGGACCCCACCCAGGAGUUUAUAUUUCCACCAGAAUUAAUGACAAUGGCUGAAAAUCAGCCAAAAAGAACUCUUGUUUUCCAAGGGGAAAGAACCACAUGGAUUUCACCUGCUAGCCUAAAGGAGCUUCUGGAGCUGAAGGCUAAGUACCCCAAAGCACCUCUCGUGGUGGGGAACACCAGUGUGGGGCCUGAAAUGAAAUUUAAAGGAGUGCAUCAUCCAGUUAUCAUCUCUCCUGCAAGGAUCCUAGAUCUGAAUGUGGUGAGGUACACAGACAAUGGACUAACCCUUGGAGCUGCCUGCAGUCUGGCUGCAGUGAAAGAUGCCCUGGCAAACACAGUCUCAGAACUUCCAGGGGAGAAGACAAAGCUUUUCCGUGCUCUCUUGCAUCAGUUAAAAACUCUGGGAGGACAGCAGAUCAGAAACAUUUCCUCUUUAGGUGGAAACAUUGUGAGUAGAAAGUCAACAUCUGACUUGAAUCCCAUUCUAGCAGUUGGCAACUGUACCCUCAACCUGGCAUCAAGAGAAGGAACACGGUGGAUUUCUUUGAGUGACAUUUUUGCCAAUGGAGUUGGUAACAAUACCCUUAUGCCAGAAGAAGUCUUAGUCUCUGUUCACAUCCCUCAUUCCAGGAAGGGGGAGUUUGUAUCGGCAUUCCGACAGGCCCAGCGCCGGGAAAACGCUCUACCAAUUGCUAAUGCUGGGAUGAGGGUACUUUUUGCGGAAGGCACAGACAUAAUUAUGGACUUUGGCAUUUUCUAUGGCGGCAUUGGCUCUACCACCGUCUGUGCAAAACACACCUGUCAGGCACUCAUAGGGAGGCAUUGGAAUGAGCAGAUGCUGGAUGAAGCUUGCAGACUGGUUCUUAAAGAAGUUUCUCUGCCGGGCUCAGCCCCAGGUGGGAAGGUGGAAUAUAGAAGGACUUUGAUUGUCAGUUUCCUCUUCAAAUUCUACCUGGAAGUGCUUCAGUCAUUGAACAGGAUGGACCCCCAUCUGUAUCCUGACAUAUCGGAGAAAUAUGGGAGUGUGCUACAAGAUUUCCAACCCAAAAUGCCCCAGAGCGAACAAAUAUACCAGGAAGUAAACCCAGAGCAGCUUCCCAGGGAUCCAGUAGGACGUCCCAUCAUGCACCAGGCUGGUAUAAAACACGCCACUGGUGAAGCUGUUUAUUGCGAUGACAUUCGUGCUGUGGAUGAAGAGCUCUUCCUGGCUGUGAUAACCAGUUCCAGAGCCCAUGCAAAGAUUGUAUCGAUUGAUACAUCAGAGGCCCUCAAAGCACCAGGAGUGUUUGAUAUUAUAACAGCUCAGGAUGUCCCAGCCACAAACGAGUUCUACUAUUACAGUGAUCCAGAGAUUAUAUUUGCAAAAGAUAAGGUAAUUUGCGUGGGUCAGAUAGUCUGUGGUGUGGUUGCGGAUUCAGAUGUUCAUGCCAAACAAGCAGCUGCAAAAGUGAAGAUAGAGUAUGAAGAUCUGGAGCCAGUGAUCCUGACUGUUGAGGAGGCUAUAAAGCACAAUUCAUUCUUUGAGCCACAAAGAAGACUAGAACAAGGAAAUGUCGAUGAAGCAUUUGAAACUGUUGAUCAAAUACUUGAAGGGGAGAUCCACAUCGGGGGACAGGAACAUUUUUACAUGGAGACUCAGUGCGCGCUUGUUGUGCCAAAAGGAGAGGAUAAAGAAAUGGACGUGUAUGUGUCAACCCAGCAUCCAGCACUUACCCAGGAAAUGGUGGCCUCAUGUUUAGGGGUUCCAGCCAAUAGGAUCAUGUGCCAUGUAAAAAGAAUCGGUGGAGCUUUCGGUGGGAAAAUAGGGAAAGCUGGUCUGUUGGCAUCUGUUGCUGCAGUGGCAGCAAACAAAACUGGUCGUGCAGUUCGUUUUAUCCUGGACCGGGGGAAUGAUAUGUUAAUCACAGGGGGCCGACACCCUCUCGUUGGCAAAUAUAAAGUUGGCUUCAUGAAUGAUGGAAGGAUCAUGGCUGCAGAUGCCAAAUACUAUAUCAAUGGAGGAUGCACUCCUGAUGACUCUAUUCUGGUAGCAGAGGUAGUCUUACUAAAAAUGGAUAAUGCUUACAAGAUUCCCAACCUGCGGUGCUGCAGUCGCGCCUGCAAGACGAACUUGCCAUCAAACACAGCAUUCCGAGGAUUUGGUUUCCCACAGUCAGGACUGAUUACAGAAUCCUGGAUAACAGCCAUUGCAGCCAAAAGUGGUUUAUCUCCAGAAAAGGUUAGGGAAAUAAACAUGUACAAAGAAACUGAACAAAUAUGCUACAUUCAAGAGCUUGAUCCAGAGAACCUGGUAAGGUGUUGGAAUGAAUGUAUGGAGAAGUCUGAAUACUACAGCAGGAAAACAGCUGUGGAAGAAUUUAACAAGCAAAAUUACUGGAAGAAGAAGGGGAUUGCCAUUAUUCCCAUGAAGUUUCCAUUUGGCUUAUUCACACGUUUUCUAUCUCAGGCUGCUGCUCUGGUUCAUAUCUAUAUGGAUGGUUCUGUGCUUCUAACUCAUGGUGGAAUUGAAAUGGGACAAGGCAUCCACACCAAAAUGAUCCAGGUUGCCAGCCGGGAAUUAAAGAUCCCCAUGUCGAGUAUUCAUUUUUGUGAAACAAGCACAACAACUGUUCCUAAUGCUUGUGCUUCAGUAGCAUCUGCUGGAACUGAUGUCAAUGGAAUGGCAGUAAAGGAUGCUUGCCAGACUCUCUUGAAACGCCUGGAGCCCAUCAUUAGCAAGAACCCGAAAGGUACCUGGAAUGAUUGGGUUAAAGAAGCAUUUGAACAGAGCAUUAACCUUUCAGCUACAGGGUACUUCAGGGGCUAUGAGGCUAACAUGGAUUGGGAGAAAGGGGAAGGCCAUCCAUUUACGUAUUUUAUUUUCGGAGCUGCUUGUUCGGAGGUUGAAAUUGACUGUCUUACAGGAGAUCACAAGAACAUCCGAACAGACAUCGUUAUAGAUAUUGGAUGCAGCAUAAAUCCAGCUGUGGAUAUAGGACAGAUUGAAGGUGCCUUUGUUCAGGGCAUUGGACUUUAUACAAUGGAGGAGUUAAAAUACUCCCCAGAAGGCGUCUUGUACACUCGGGGCCCGGAUCAGUAUAAAAUCCCUGCAAUCUGUGACAUCCCAGAACAGUUCAGUGUUUCCUUGCUGUCAUCCUCACAAAAUCCUUAUGCCAUCUACUCAUCCAAGGGGAUGGGCGAGGCAGGGCUGUUCCUGGGAUGUUCUGUGUUCUUUGCUAUCUGGGAUGCAGUGGCUGCUGUGCGGAAGGAAAGAGGAUUAACCGGGACCUUCACCCUGAACAGCCCCCUGACUCCUGAGCGGAUUCGAAUGGCCUGUGCCGAUCAGUUUACUGAGAUGAGUGCGAAAGAUGAACCUGAGUCCUUCGUUCCUUGGGCCAUCUCCAUAUGA